AUGUCAACUGAAGCUCUACCUAUCACCCCAGGGGCUUUUGCAGAGGCUAUCAAGGAACUCCCCUUGGCUGUUCUCUAUAGCAAAGUCUCCGAGCUCACAAACUCCAUCGCCCACCUGCACCGCUCAAAUGCCGAACUCCGCACAUACUUGAUUGAGACCAACGACUCAGAAGAAGACAAAAAAGAGAUCGAGCAGUAUGUGACUGAGAAUGAACAAGUUGCUGUUUCAAUGAAUGAGCGCAUUGCCUUGUUGAAGACCGAGGUAGAAAAUCGAGGACAGCCGUGGAUUGAGCUCGAGGACCUCAAAAAGGUGGAUGAUGAGGCGCCAAAUGGCGAUGGGGCCGGUGGAGCUACGGAAGCUACUGAAUCUACCGGUGGAGGUCAAGAUGGAGAUAGCCAUGAGGGGGUCUACCUGUGA